CAGCUCGCUGGCGCUGGAUGCUGCUGCUCUCUCUCUCUUUCUCAGACGCGACAGACAAUCCAAAGAGGCCGCGAGGAGAGAAAAAAAAAAGAACGACGAAGAGAGCCAGUUACGGUUUUGCAGAUAAGAAUGGAGUUGAGCGACUAAAGCGGUGGCAGCAUCUACGGUGAAAAGAGAGUGAAUCGGCUGCAAAGACACAGGCGCACGCAUACAGCCACCACGAUGACUCGGUCUAACCUGGCCCUCAACCUCUUCGCUUCAAUUCUGUUCGUCUGUCUCGCAGGCCUCGUCGGUUCAGCCGGAGGACAGGCACGAGAUUAUGGCAGGAACUACACUCGAGUGCCGGGACGAGGCAUGCAGAUCAAGCGGCCACACCCGUGCGAGCAGGGCUCCUGUUACCCGGCCACGGGUAACCUGCUGAUCGGCAGGAGCAAGGCGCUCUACGCAUCGUCGACUUGUGGACUGCGAGAGCCCGAGCGCUACUGCAUCAUCUCGCACCUGAAGGACCGCAAGAAGUGCUUCUUCUGCGACGCGCGCAAUCCGCGACACCAGCACGACAUCACCAACAUCGUCAGCGGAACGCCGCACCGCACCUGGUGGCAAGCCGAGAACGGCAAAGAGGACGUGUACAUUCAGUUCGACCUGGAGGCCGAGUUCCACUUCACUCACAUCAUCAUUCACUUUCAAACGUUCAGGCCUGCGGCCAUGGUCCUCGAGAGGUCCUACGACUUCGGCCAGACUUGGCAGGUUUAUCGUUACUUUGCGCACGACUGCGCCUCGGCGUUCCCCGGUGUGCCGACUCACCAGCCGCAGAAGCUCAGCGACGUCGUGUGCGACUCGCGAUACUCGCACGUCGAGCCUUCCACGGACGGCGAGGUGAUCUUCAGUCUCGAGGAACUUGAGAAAACAGUGUUGCCGAGCAAUCUGAAAAUCGACAAUCCAUACUCGAAGGAAGUGCAGAAUCUGCUGAAGAUCACGAACCUGCGCAUAAACUUCACGAUGCAGCACCGCUUGGGCGACGAGAAACUCGACAAUCGUCCCGAAAUCAACGAGAAAUACUAUUACGCCAUCAAAGACAUGUUCAUUCGCGGCUCUUGCUCGUGUUACGGGCAUGCGUCUCGCUGUCUGCCCAUCAACGACUGGGUCGACGAGGAGGAGAUGGUCCACGGCAGGUGCAACUGCACUCACAACACCAAGGGACGCAACUGCGAGCAGUGCCAGGAAUUCUACAACGACCUGCCCUGGAAACCGGCCGUGGGCAAGCAGACCAACGCCUGCAGGAAGUGCAACUGCAACGAGCACAGCCAGAGCUGCCACUUCGACGAGGCCGUGUACGAGAGGAGCGGCCGCGUCUCCGGCGGCGUCUGCGACGACUGCCAGCACAACACCAUGGGCCAGAACUGCGAGCUCUGCAAGCCCUUCUUCUAUCACGAGCCCUCCAGGGACAUCACCGACUACCAAGCUUGCCAACCUUGCGACUGCGAUCCGAGGGGCUCGCUGGACGAAGGCAUCUGCGACGCUCGCACCGACCCGCUGAGCGGCGACGAGUCCGGACGCUGCCACUGCAAGACCAACGUCGAAGGUAGGCGCUGCGAUCGCUGCAAGAACGGAUUCUGGAACUUCACCGAGCUCAAUCCUGAUGGAUGCCAAGCGUGCACCUGCAACACUCUGGGCACGAUAAACAAUCAGGGCUGCAACAUGAUGAGCGGCGAGUGUACGUGCAAGCGUUACGUCACCGGUCGCGACUGCAACCAAUGUCUGCCGGAAUUCUGGGGUCUGUCGGACGAGACGGAGGGCUGCAAAGCUUGCGACUGCGACCCGGGCGGCUCCUACGACAAUAACUGCGACGUCGAGACCGGGCAAUGUCGCUGUAGACCACACGUCGGUGGCCGUACAUGCAGCAAUCCCGAGCAGAGUUACUACACCGGCUCGAUCGAUUAUCUGAUCUACGAAGGCGAGCACGCCAGAGGCUCCGACAACUGCCAAGUGGUCAUUCGCGAGCCGUACCGCGACGGUCGCAACAGCACGUGGACCGGACUGGGCUUCAUGCAGGUGAUCGAGGGUUCGGUAUUGAACUUCACCAUCGACGACGUGCGACGCUCGAUGUGGUACGACAUAAUAGUGCGCUACGAGCCUAAAUAUCCCGGAGUCUGGGAGGACGCUCGGAUUGUGCUCGAACGCGACGGACCGCCGAGCCCCGAUGGCCCAUGCGGCAGCGACUGGCAGCCGGAAAACGACCGACUCGUGGUGCCGCUGCCCGCCAACCAGAGGAGUUCCGUGGCCAUGCCGUCGGUUUGCCUGGAAGCCGACAAGAUUUACACGGUGCUGCUCGAGAUCAGGAGGUUCAGCGGACCCGGCGACUCGUCCAUGGCUUCGAUUCUCAUCGACUCGAUCGUCCUCAGUCCAAGAAUAGACUCCAUUCCAUUCUUUACCGGGGGUCCUGGAGAAAUUCGCCGUCAGGAGUACGAACGAUUCCGUUGCGCCGAUUACUACAACAACGUCUACGACUACUACAGCAUCUACGAGAACAGAAGCGACAUCCGCGAGAUCUGCUCCAAGUACCAGAACAGCGUGGGUCUCUACGUCUACGACGGCGCUCAUUCUUGCGAGUGCAACCCGACGGGCUCGCACAGUUUGCUCUGCGAGAAGUACGGUGGCACGUGUCAGUGCAAGCCCUACGUGGUCGGUCGUCGCUGCGACCGCUGCGCUCCGGGCACGUACGGCUUCGGACCGGAAGGUUGCAUACCUUGCGACUGCGACGGCAUCGGAGCCUUGGACAACUUCUGCGACGUCGUCACGGGCAGAUGCAAGUGUCGGCCCAACACCUACGGUCGCUCUUGCGGCCAGUGCGAGCCUGGCUUCUGGAACUUCCCGCACUGCAUGCGUUGCGAGUGCAACGGUCACGCCGACAACUGCGACUCGGCUACCGGCGCUUGCCUCGAAUGCAGAGACUCGACCACUGGGCACAACUGCGAGAGGUGCGUCGACGCCUUCUACGGCGAUCCCCGAAUCGGCGUGGACAUCCCUUGCCGGGCUUGUCCCUGUCCAGGAACGCUGGAGAGUGGACACGCCUACGCGGACAGUUGCUCGCUCGACCCGAUAUCCCAGGACGUGGUGUGCGACUGCUACCAAGGCUACGCAGGGCCGCGCUGCGACGUGUGCGCCGACAACCACUUCGGCAACCCCGAGGUGGCGGGCGGCAAGUGCCGGCAGUGCGACUGCAGCGGCAACAUCGACGUCGCUCGGCCGGGCAACUGCGACGCGAGGACCGGUCACUGCUUGCAGUGCCUGUACAACACCGCCGGGGCCAAUUGCGAAGUCUGCCAGCCGAAUUAUUACGGCGACGCGCUGAUGAAAACUUGCCAGGAGUGCGGCUGCAACAUCUUGGGCACGGACUCGAGCGCCGGGUCCUGCAAUCACAGAACCGGACAGUGCCCCUGCCUGCCGCACGUGAUCGGCCAGGUGUGCGACACUUGCGAGGAUUAUCACUGGAGGAUCGCCAGUGGGCAGGGCUGCGACCCGUGCGAGUGCGACGUCGUCGGGAGCGUCUCCGACAGGUGCAACCCUUACGACGGCACGUGCGAAUGCAAGCCGGGCUUCGGGGGUCGCCGCUGCAACGAGUGCCAGGCCAACUACUACGGCAACCCGAACGUGCAGUGCCACCCGUGCGAGUGCGACGAGAUCGGCUCGGCGAGCCUGCAGUGCGACCGCAACACCGGCGCGUGCGUUUGCCACGAGGGCAUUGGCGGCGACAAGUGCGACCAGUGCGACCGCAGCUACAUCGGCGUCGCGCCGAGCUGCUCGCCCUGCGGCGAGUGCUUCGACAAUUGGGACGGCAUCCUCGACGGCCUGAGGAACAAGACCGCGUUCGUCAUCGACGAAGCCUCCAACAUUCAGAAGGUCGGCACCACGGGCAUCUACAGCCAGGAGUUCGACGAGAUCGACAGCGCCAUUGCUCAGGUGAACGCCGUGAUCGAGAGCUCCUCGGUGAAGAAUCAAGAUCUCGAGGAGGUGAACCAGCUGGAAGCGAGACUGGCAAAGGACAUCGACCAUUCGUCGAUGAUCCUGGACGACUUGACCGACCAGCUGGAGAACGUCUCGGGACGAGUGACGCUGGCCGACGAGGCGCUGAAGCGUCUGAAGAACCGCACCGACGUUCUCCACGAGGACGCCGGCAAGCUGCGCGAGUCGGCCAAUCGCCUGCAGGAAGCCAACGUUCAGGGCGCGUUGAACAUCACGCAGCAGAUGGCCGACCAGUCGAAGAUGGCAGAGCGCAUGGCCGCGGACACGGGCAACGUGCUGCUCGACGCGGAGAGAUACAAGAAGAACACGGAGAACCUGAUCGCCAAGAGCAGCGCCAGUGUCGACGAGAAUAGGCUGAGGAAUCAGCAGUCUCUGGACUCCUUGAACGCCCACCUGGACGAGUUGAAGGGCCACGUGCCGCAGCUCAACCAGGACAUGUGCGGUCGCAACGUGUCGGACUGCAGCGACGUCUGCGGCGGUGCUGGCUGCGGACACUGCGGCGGUCUGUCCUGCGACGCCGGUGCGCUCACCAAGGCCAGCCAAGCGCUCGACGUCGCCAAGCAGCAGGCCUCCAAGAUCAAGAGCCACCAGGAGGAGGCCGAGCAGCUGCUUCGCAACAUGAACCGGCUGAGAGACAGCUCCACCGGGGCGCGCGGCAACGCCCAAGAGGCAUUCGAUCUGGCCUCCCAAGCGCGCAACCAGUCGGACAAGCUCACCGAGGACCUGUCGGACGUCAACAAGAAGAUCUUCGAUUUGCUGAGAGCCGAGCAACCGACGCCUGCGGAGGUGCGCGACCUCGCCAGGGAGGUGCUCAACAAGAGUAUCACGCUCACCCCGGAGGAGAUCAAGGAUCUAGCCGACAAAAUCGCCGAGAUCGUCGGAUCCCUCAGCGACCCCGAGCGCAUCCUCAGCGAGACGUCGAACGAUCUGCAGCUGGCCAAUGACCUCAGAGACAGAGCCAAUUGGACGAGGGCGAUGGCCGAGGAGAAGGAGGCGUUGGCCGGCAAGGUCAUCGAAUUGCUGAGGGAGACGCAGGAGUCGCAAGAGUUGGCUCAGGAGGCUAUCAGCAAGGCCGAGAACGACAUUGAAUUGUCGCAGAAGGACCUCGACGAGAUCUCGCAGAUCACGAAGGACGCCAAGGGGAAGGCCAACGACACUGCCAAUUCGGUCAAUGAGUUGGAGACAAGAUUGAAACAUCUGCAGACGGAAUCGGUCAAGAACGACUUCAUGAUCAAGCAGGAGAUUCAACUGCAAGCCAGUAACAUCUCCGACGAAGCUAAGAAGGUUCAAUCGCAAGCUGAAAGUCUUGGCGAACAGUACAAGCAGGUCGCCGAGUCGCUGAACCAACGCGUAAGCAAGAGCAAGAACGACAUCAUUCGCGCCAAAGAGUUGCUUCAGCGAGCCAGCGAGUUGACCGCUGACACGCAGUCCAAAUUCAAAGACCUUGAGGGUAUGGAGAGCGUUUACAAGGACAACGACAAUUUGCUGCGCGAACUUAUGAGAGACGUUGACAAGCUCAACGACCAGAUGGACAAGGAACUUGCCGAGUUCGAAGCCAAGGCCCAACUUUACCGGCAAUGUAUGCAGUAGGCGUAGUAUUCAUUCAUCAUCGCAAACGCAUCACCUUCUUUUUUGUCUCUCUCUCUCUCUCUCUCUCUCUCUCUCUCUCUCUCUCUCUCUCUCUCUCUCUCUCUCUCUCUCUCUCUCUCUCUCUCUCUCUCUCUCUCUGUAU